AUGAAGCUUUCACUCCUCACCGCUGCUGCCAUUGCGCAGAUCGCCUCCGCCCAUUACUUCUUUGAGCGUCUUAUCAUCGAUGGCAAGGAGACUAAGCCUUACGAGUUCGUUCGUGAGAACACUCGUGCUAUCAAGUACAACCCUACCAAGUGGAAGAACCCUCUCGACAACAUCACCCCCGAUGACACCGACUUCCGCUGCAACAAGGGUGCUUUCUCCUCUGCCAGCCGCACCGGCGUCGCUGAGGUCGCGCCUGGAACCAAGCUGGCCAUGAAGCUCGGUGUCGGCGCCACCAUGCAGCACCCAGGCCCAGGCCAUGUUCACAUGUCUCUGGCUCCCGGCUCCGUCAAGGAGUACGAGGGUGAUGGUGACUGGUUCCUGAUCAAGCAAGUCGGUCUCUGCACCAAGGGAGAUAUCAAGAAGGACGCCUGGUGCACCUGGGACAAGAACAACAUUGAAUUCGAGAUCCCCCUCAAUACCCCACCUGGUGAAUACCUCGUCCGUUCCCAGCACGUCGGUGUCCACGGUGCCCACGACGGCCAGGCUGAGUUCUACUACGGCUGCGCCCAGAUCAAGGUCACCGGCAACGGCACCGGCGUCCCAGGCCCCAUGAUCAAAUUCCCCGGUGGCUACAAGAAGACUGAUCCCUCCUGGAACUUCAGCGUCUGGGGCGGAUACAAGGACUUCCCCUUCCCCUCGCAGACUGUCUGGACCGGC